AUGGCCUUGGUGGAGGAGGACAGGCUCCAAAAAGUCCAGCAGGCUAAGGAGAGGUUUUUGGCUGAAUUUCCAAAACUGAAAGCGGAGGUUGGAAAAGACAUAGGAAAGCUCCGUGAACUUGCAGACCAGCUGGACAAGGUGCACUGGGACUGUACUGUCUCCCGUGUUGUGACUGGAUCCACCACAGCUGCCUCUGCAGGCCUGGGCAUCCUUGGUUUGCUUCUGGCACCCUUCACACUAGGUUUUAGUGGGUUCCUUGCAGGGGCAGGGGCAGCACUGGCAGUAGGGAGUUCUGUGGCCAGUGGUGCGACUAGCAUAGUGGAUUACUCACACGUAUCUUCAACUGAAAGUGAAGCCAAAGAGUUAGUAUCAAACAUCAUGGACAAACUGCAGAAGUUCACAAAGGAAGUAGGUUACUUCCCACCCAAAGUCAUCUCCUCAACUGAAAAUUGGAAUCAAUACUUGACAGAAAUUGGGAAGGCCAUAAGGACCAUCAAGGAGGCUAAUGGUGACCGUGACGUAAUAGUUAGUGCCCAAUACAACAUGAUGAUUCAAAAUAUCUGUUUUAAUAGUGAUGUGCCUGUGACAACAGUCUUAAAUCAUUCAGUUCGGAUAAUGAACAUUGCACGGGUCCUCAUGAAAGUCGCCAAUAUUGUGUUCUUUGUGCUAGAUGUGAUCGAUCUUGCACAUAAUGCAAAGAAGUUGCAAGAGGGGGCAAAAUCAGAGUACGCUGAAGAGCUGCGGAAGUUAGCUCAGCACCUGGAAGACCAUUUGCAGGAGCUUGAAGAGAUCCAUACAUGGAUGUCAGAAUCCCAUCAGUGACCCCCUCACUCCAGCACACCAGCGGUCGGCUAGAUGUGCUGAAGAAAGCUGUGGGCACAAGGAAGGCAUUUCAUUAGCUACAAAAGAAGGCUCACCUUCAUAAC